AUGGUGAUCUGCCACCAGUGUCCAGAGCAAGAUGACUCUUUAGAAGAAGACACAAUAAAUGUCUACUCCCCACCCACCCUGGUGAAGUCAACAAGACAGAAGCUACAGAGUGAGGAGGCCUUGACCAUUACUUCUCUCAAGGACCUGCCCAAUAGUCUGUUCCCAAAGAUGUUUGAGGAAGCCUUCAUUAAUGGACGUACAAAGAUCUUGACCACCAUGAUACCUGUGUGGCCCUUCGCAUACCUUUCUGUAGGAAUGCUGAUAAAGAACCUCUGCCUAGACAAUUUGAAGGCUGUUCUUAAGGGGCUAGAUAUACUGAUUUCAAAAACGGAGGUUCGUUCCAGUAGGUGCAAACUCAGAGAGAUCAAUUGGAGGGAUAGAGACCAUGAUUUCCAUGGGAUAUGGGCUGGAUCCCAUGAAGGUGAAAGCCCAUCAGAGCUCAUGGAACAGAAGCAGGCAUUGGAAAACAGUCCUGACUGUGGAGUAAAGAAAGAAUUGAGGGUGACAACUCAACUCCAACUCAUGGAGGACAGCAUUGAAGAAUGUGCCACAUACUUGUUGCAGUGGGCCCAGCAAAGAAAAGAUUCCAUUCAUCUAUGCUGUAAAAAGCUGAAAAUUCAUGGCUUAAACAAAGCCUCAAUCAUAGAAAUCUUCAAAAUUGUACAUGCAGACUGUAUACAAGAUCUCGAGCUAUGUUGUCUUUGCCUAGAAGAUUUGUAUUUUCUUAUUCCCUACCUGAAAGAGAUGAACAAUCUUCUCUCAUUCAGUCUAGAUAAAAUCAAAGAUACCAUCAAUAUGGGUUAUACUAGAAAGGUUGAUGAGGAGAAAGUAAUCACAAUGAAUUCUCCACUUCCCACACUCCACCAUCUCCGGGAACUCUAUGUAAAAGAUGUCCCUUUUUUAAAAGACAAUCUGAAAGAAUGUCUCAGGUGCCUGAAGAAGCCCUUGCAGAUACUUUGGAUCAAGAGAUGUUACCUUUCACAGUCAGACUUGGAUUACUUGCCCUAUUGCCUGAAUAUUUUUGAGCUCAAAUGUCUGCAUCUUAUUGAAAUACCUUUAUGUCAUUUACUCCUUGAGCCUCUUGGGUAUCUCCUUGAGACAGUUAGAUAUACCCUAGAAUGCCUGCAUUUGAAGUCAUGUAGAAUGGGGGAUUCUCAGGUCGAUGCCCUGCUGCCUGCCCUAAGACAAUGUUCCCAUCUCACAGAAAUCAAUUUCUAUGAUAAUGACCUCUCUCUCCUUUUACUGAAAAAUGUUCUACACCACACAGCCAAGCUUAGCCUGCUAACUGAGGAACUGUACCCUGCCCCUCUGGAGUGCUAUGAAAACAGGGAGGUAAUACUAUCAGACAGAUUAGAAAUUUUUUGCCCUGAGCUCCUGGAUAUACUCAGGGAAAAGACAGCCCAAGAGGGUCACCUUUGCCACAAACCCAUGCUCUAA